UAAUAAAAAAUUCACACCGACGUGGAAGUUUGACCGAAUCAAAUAAGGACACGACAUGUCCAGCUGUCACCGACCGGAGAAACGAAUUCCUGGUUUGCUGGAGAGUCGCAACGCAUUGUUCGCCGCCAUUGUCUCUGCACCAUUCAAAUCUUCAAUAUUACACCAUUGCCAUUCCCCUCCAAACCCAUCAUCAACCCACGCAACCACCGCUUCCGCCAAAAACCACCGCCCACCAUGGUCCGCUGUCUGUUCACAUGCUUAGGCAAGGGCAGCGACAACGGCGGCGCCCCAAUCCCCAACGACAAAGCCAGCAGCGCCACGGCGGAUGUAACGGCGGAGGAGAAUCGCCGGGGUGGAGCCGUACUAGUGGAGCUAUUCUCGUCGCAGGGAUGCGCGACAUCGCCGGAGGCAGAGGUGCUGUUGUCAAGGCUGGGGAGAGGAGAUUUUGAAUUGGAGGUGCCGGUGGUGGUUCUGGCUUACCAUGUGGACUACUGGGACUACAAUGGGUGGAAGGACCCCUUCGGUCAUAGCCACUGGACGGUCCGCCAAAAGGCCUACAUUGAGGAGUUAGGGCUCGAUACAAUGUUUACUCCUCAGGUCGUGGUUCAGGGCCGGGCUCAGGCGGUUGCUAACGAUCAGGAUAGCUUGGUGGGUAUGAUUAAAUCCGCUCCCAAGUUUCCUGCUCCCACUUUCCAGGCGACGUUCCUCCGGCCGACGACCGACAGCCUGGAAGUGACACUCACCGGAGCAUUGAGGACGAAAGUAGACAGCGACGGCGCAGAUAUUAUGGUGGCGCUGUACGAGAGCGGCCUGGUCACGGAUUGCUCCGGCGGCGACAACAAAGGGCGAGUUCUGGCCAAUGAUUUUGUGGUGAGAAAGCUUGAAAAGCUGUGCUCCGUUAAAAGCGCCUCCGCUAAAAAAACCGUCUCCGGCACCGUCGCUUUUUGUCUGUGGGAGAGCUUUAACGGCACGAAAUGCGGCGUCGCCGUCUUCGUUCAGAAUAAUUCGCAUCAUAUUUUCGGUUGUCAGAGUUUUCAAUUGCCGGAAGAUAUAUGAAAUUUGAGCGGAAUUUGAGUGGUUAUCGACUUCCUUGGGGCUCAUCAAUGGCGGCCGAUCGUUUGUGGCGGCCGUUUUAUGUCUAGUAUAUGCAAGUCCGUUAACUACUUGGUAGAGUUAUUGUUUAAAUUUUUUUCCUCGUUUGUUUAAAUAGUUGUUUUGUGACUUUUUAUAACUAUUAUUUUCUUUAAAAUGGUCUAUUUUAAACUGAGAUUUAAUUUG